CCACAGAGAACGUCAACAUCGCAUCCAUCUUCAACUAGAAAUGGUUUACAAACUAUAUCUGACCAAAGCAGAAAUCCUCCCCGAUUCCGUACGCAUCGGCAAGGAGUCAUUCCUAUGCUCUGGUAUGCAUGCUGGCUGAAGUGUAUUCUAGUGAAUUUGGGAAAGGUCAUUUAAAGUGCAAGGUGAGUGCGCCGAGAAUGAUUUGUGACAAAGGAAAUAUCAGCAAGAGGCAACAACAGUAAAUUCAGGGUCUCAUUGCAAACGCGCCUUUACACAAGAGCACGGAAUAACAAUGCCUGUACGAAGAGGUCAUGUUGCGCCACAAAAUACAUUUCUUGGGAUAAUAAUACGGAAAUUCGAGGGACAGAAUAGGAAAUUUGUCAUAGCCAAUGCCCGGGUGCAGAACUGUGCAAUCAUCUACUGUAACGAUGGCUUCUGUGAGAUGACUGGCUACUCCAGACCGGACGUCAUGCAGAAGCCGUGCACCUGUGAAUUCCUCCACGGCGAGCACACUGACACACAUGCCAUCAGCCAGGUGGACCAGGCUCUGAUGGGCUCAGAGGAGCGCAAGGUGGAAAUCACAUAUCAUCGCAAAGAUGGGACGGACUUCCAGUGCCACACUCACAUAAUCCCGGUGAAGAACGAGGAAGGCGUAGUGAUGUUGUUCAUUCUAAACUUUGAUUACGUACUUGAGGAAGGAAGCAGCGACUCGACAGAGAAGCUGAAUCACUCAUCCCCGGAAAGAACUGAUUCCAGAAAGGGACGAUUCUUCCGAUUCCGACAGGCUGCCUUGAGUCUGGUCUCCAACAAACAGUCUCUUCCACAAGAAGACCCAGAUGCCGUCGUGGUGGACUCCCCCUCCCCCAAACAGAACGAGGACUCUGUGGCUCUGACCAACUUCCAGUCGCCCCCGACCGAGGACAACUGCAGCCCCACCGAUGCCAACGACACACGGGCCCUCAUCAGCUCCAGCCACCACUCCUCCCAGGCCAGUGUGCAUGGACCCGGACCCCUGGACCACUCCUCUCCCAAGCAGCACCCGUGGGACAGGCUGUACCAGACGGAGGCGCACCAGUCCACCACCUGCCUCGCACACACCAUCUCCAGAGGCAGCAUCAGUGGGAGCAGCAUGAGGCGAGCGUCCUCCGUCCACGACAUAGAAGGAUUCAGCAACUCCAAGAGCAUGUUCAGGGACCGACACGCGAGUGAAGGUCCGUUCAAUCAUCUCAAGUCCAGUUUGCUGGGCUCCACCUCUGAAUCCAACAUCAACAAGUACAGCACCAUCAACAAGAUCCCGCUGAUUGCGCUCAACUUCACGGAACGGAAUAACGAAAAUAAGGCACACUCUCCCCCAUCGUCAGAAAACACUAUCAUAGCACCCAAGGUUAAGGACAGAACGCACAACGUCACUGAGAAAGUCACACAGGUACUGUCACUGGGUGCUGAUGUCCUUCCAGAAUACAAGCUCCAGACUCCACGCAUGGACAGAUUCACCAUCCUCCACUACAGUCCCUUCAAAGCUAUGUGGGACUGGCUCAUCCUGCUGCUGGUCAUCUAUACAGCCAUCCUCACACCCUACUCUGCUGCUUUCUUACUCAAUGACCGCGAGGAGCAAAUGAGGCGCGAGUGUGGAUACUCCUGCAAUCCCCUGAACGUGGUGGAUUUCAUGGUGGACAUCAUGUUCAUCGUUGACAUCGUUAUCAACUUCCGGACCACAUAUGUGAACCUAAACGAGGAAGUCGUCAGCCAACCAGGGAAGAUCGCCAUUCACUAUUUCAAAGGCUGGUUCCUUAUAGACAUGGUGGCUGCGAUCCCCUUUGACCUGCUUAUCUUCGGUUCAGGAUCAGAUGAAACCACCACUCUGAUUGGCCUAUUGAAGACAGCCCGACUUCUGCGAUUGGUGCGUGUUGCCCGGAAACUGGACCGUUACUCUGAGUACGGAGCGGCUGUACUCAUCCUACUCAUGUGUAUCUUUGCACUCAUCGCUCACUGGCUAGCUUGCAUAUGGUACGCCAUUGGCAAUGUGGAGAAGCCUUACCUGGAGCACAACAUUGGUUGGCUCGACAAUCUUGGGGUAUCCAUUGGCAAGAGGUAUAACUUCAGUGACCCUAACUCUGGGCCCUCCAUCAAGGACAAAUACGUCACCGCACUUUACUUCACUUUCAGCAGUCUAACCAGCGUGGGCUUUGGGAAUGUCUCCCCAAAUACCAACUCAGAAAAGAUCUUCUCUAUCUGUGUCAUGCUGAUCGGCUCCCUCAUGUAUGCCAGCAUCUUCGGUAACGUGUCAGCUAUCAUCCAGCGGCUCUACUCAGGCACGGCCAGGUACCACACCCAGAUGCUCCGGGUUCGAGAGUUUAUCCGCUUCCACCAGAUCCCCAACCCGCUAAAGCAGCGGCUGGAGGAGUAUUUCCAACACUCCUGGACCUACACGAAUGGCAUCGACAUGAACACGGUGUUAAAAGGCUUCCCUGAGUGUCUGCAGGCAGAUAUCUGCCUCCACCUCAACCAGGCUCUGUUGGAGAGCUGUAAGGCCUUCCACGGAGCCACCAAGGGCUGCCUGAGAGCCCUGGCCAUGCGCUUCCAGACCACCCACGCCCCCCCAGGGGACACCCUGGUCCACAGCGGAGAUGUCCUCACUGCACUUUACUUCCUGUCUCGGGGCUCCAUAGAGAUCCUGAAAGAUGACAUUGUGGUAGCCAUUCUGGGAAAGAAUGACAUCUUUGGAGAAAUGAUCCAUCUGUACGCCAAACCUGGAAAGUCCAAUGCGGACGUCAGAGCCCUGAGUUACUGUGACCUGCAUACCAUACAGAGAGAUGAUCUCUUAGAGGUGCUUGACAUGUACCCUGAGUUUGCCGAUUUCUUCCUGACAAAUCUGGAGCUGACGUUCAACCUCCGAGAUGGGAAUGGCAAGGCCGCGUAUUCUCACGCUAGUGACUCAGAUACAGAGGAAGACGUUAAGAGCACAAAGAUCACAAGAAGGAUCUCCUUCACACCACAUCCAACUAAAGGGGGAAGCAACAAGGAAACAGAAAAUGACUCCAGAAGGGAGAGGGAGUCCUACUUGUGCCUAAAGAGAACUUCAGUUGACCUGAAACACUCAGGGAAGGAGGAGCAGAUGUCCAUGGGCUCGGCCAUCCAGGGGUGUCCCUCGGUGGAAGACCUUGCACUGGGGCUCGACUCCAAUCCCCCUGGGGACAUCAUGGAGAGAACUCCCUCUUUUGACGAUAACAUUGAUCUGUGCAAUGACAGAUGGGUCUGCGAGAAGCCCCGAGACUACCUGGAUGAGUCAGCACAAUUGCAGGACCUGAGGGGCGAGGACGGCGAUGCCAGUGAAAUCACAUACGGAGAGGUGGAGCAACGCUUAGAUCAGCUCGAAGAGCACUUGAACAGGCUGGAGUCCCAGAUGACAUCAGAUAUUCAGACCAUCCUGCAGCUCCUGCAGAGGCAGUCCACACUGGGACCUCCUGCCUACAGCACUGUGACUGCUAGUCCAGAUUAUCAAAGGCCAGGUGUUAUGGUCCAGCCAAUCGCUGCUUUGACCAGCAGCCAUUGCUUCAGCCAUUCGUCAUCACAAGUACGUACUGAACUGUUGAUUUCCACAGAACAAACAGACAAUGGAAAUCAAGGGAGUCCUGAACUCAACUUGGAGAGGAGUCAUCAGGAAUCCAAAGACUCGCUGUCAGGCUUGGCUUACAUGGAUGAUUCACCCAUAGAGGACAGCCUUACAGUACUGCUUGUACAAAGAAACACACAGAACAAACAUGCAGGACAUCAGCAUUCCAAAUCUCUCUUUCUUCCUAUUGAGGACUCCUCUCCACUAUCAGACUCAUCUCCCAACACAGGACUCCAUAGGCCAGUCUCAGACCCAGGACCUCCAAGGCCAUAGAGCAAGAUCUCUUAUUUUAAUUUUGCCUGUCUUCUCUGAAGUGUGACUCAGGGUUUCAUUCUCUCUUAAUUGCAUUGCAAUAUGUGAAGUAUCUUGUAGUUUUCCUCCUGAAAUGAUUUGCAUGACAGAUUGUUUUCGUUGCAUGGUAGCUUUGAUUCAGACCUCUGACAGGCAAGUGUGAUUUUGGUAGGUUUACAAGGCAGGACAUUUAUUUUCACCAUAGUAUGUUUCUUCUUUUUUUUGCACUGCUUAUUUGAACCACAAGUAGCUGUAUGAUAAAGACAUUGUCCAUAUACUCCAGACUUUGUUUUAGAUUGCAGUUUAUUUUACUAAAUGAUUAUGCAUACAUAGUAUUACAUGUUAUGUAGCACAUGGAGCUAAUGUUAGCUUAUCAAUAGGCCCAGGAAAUAUAGAUGGUGUAUUGUGCCUAUAACUAAAUCCAAAAAUCAAAUCAGUAGCUUUAUGUAGCCUCACUCUGCUCAUUCUCAACAUAAACUCACUCACAUCGUUUUCCAAUGUAUUCUGCUCUCAUAGUAAAUGCACAUGAAUACAAUCUUAUAGGAAAGACAUGUACAAAUAUGUAAAUGUAUUUUUAUUUAUUAAGGAAUACAUUAAAGGAUGGGGUGCAAAUGUUAGUGCUAGCAUAUGUUUGUCCUGAAGCUAUGGGAGCAAUAAAAUGAAACUGAAGCAUUUACUUUUGAAGAACUUCCAAUUGGUUGACCUUUUUUCUAAAGAUUUGGUCCACCAUAUCUUUUCGUGGGGGAAAUGUAUUUUGCACUAAAAGCUGCUUGAAUAUUCAGCAAUGCAAUUAUUUUGUGCAUGCAUUUUACAAUCCAUUUUCAAUGGUGUACUGUAGUAUUUACAGCAGGGGAUAACAAAUGCCCUUGUUCUCUCUUCAAUAUAAAUGAAUGAAGACAAGACAGUAUACUUGCAUGUCCAAAGCACUAAAACGUUCAAGCGAUGGAAGGAUUUAGGUUCCAUGAUUACUGUAUUAUAAUUAUAGAAUGAGUGUGUCACAUUAAGUCCAUUUCCAAACAAGGACACAUAUAACAAAGUAGCAGACAGUAAACGUAUAAUCACAAUAUUACAACUAAUGAAUGUUUAUUUUUACAUUUCCUGAAAUGAGUAGCCUAGGUAUUGCAUGGAAAGUAAAUGCGUGGUAAAGUCCUUAGUAAUCUUUUGCAUAAAUUUGGCCUGAUUCACACAAACUAGGGGGAUAAAGAAACAAUUAGUUGGUCUAUUUUUUAAAUUAUGUUUUUGAUGCAUUUUCAACAUGUCAUGCUUUUUACACUCCACUACAAGUAAUUGGAAUGUUUCUGCGCUGAAGUGAUUACAGACACAAUGUGAAGAGUACAAUUGAUUUAGCUAAUUACCUUGCCUAUUUCAAGAAAUAAAAAGUAUAUUUAAUACAA